AACUCCUUUAGUCCGCUUCAGACUUCAUCGAGUGCAACAAGGAUUUGCCGAUUAGGAGGAAACCCCUAGCCACACCGCUCAUCUUCUACUAUGCUCUUCCAUUCACUCUGUCAAAGAUUUCACGGAUUCAUCAAAGGAGUCAAGGAGAGGUCAUAGACAACGAACCUCCUAGCAAAACUUGCAGGUGUUGAAGAUGGACAUAAUAUCACAGUUGCAAGAACAUGUGAAUUCGACGGCAGCUCUUGCCUUCAAUACCUUCGGAACGCUUCAGAGAGAUGCUUCUCCUGUUCGAUUGUCGGCUAAUUAUCCGGAACCCCCUCCCGCUGCUGCAAAGCCUGCCGAUGAUGCUGCGGCAGCAGCUGCUGCAACGGCUAACGCUGUGGAGCAAUCCAAACUGAUGGCCGCUGAACUUGUCAAAGCUGCUAAACAGUUUGAUGCAUUGGUUGCUGCACUCCCAUUGUCCGAAGGGGGUGAAGAAGCUCAAUUAAAAAGAAUUGCAGAACUUCAGGCUGAGAAUGAUGAAGUAGGACAAGAACUUCAAAAGCAACUGGAAGCAGCAGAUAAGGAGCUGAAGCAGGUUCAAGAGCUGUUCAACCAAGCAUCGGAUAAUUGUUUGAACUUUAAAAAAACGGAUUAACGGUUAUGUACACAGUGUUGGGGCCAGAAAAAUGAUUGAGGGGUUGAAACAACAGAAGGAAAAUGGUGGAUUGUUUUUAGACAAUACCUAAGUUAAAUGUUUAGAAUCGAGUGAUUCUACUGGAAAAAAAAACCUAAGUUAAAUGUUUUAUAUGUAGCUUAGAUAAAUGAGUUUAAAUGAGACUAAUAAAGUUAUAGAUUUAAUAUAUAAGUCAUAUAUAUUGUAAACUUGUUUUAUACGAGUUUAGUCUAUGGGUUUUCAUAUCGGUGAUUGCCUCAGAUGAGACCCUUUGUGUUACCGUGGAACUUUAUAGUUCUCCUCUCAUCUAGUUUAAUAUUAGGUUUUUUACUAGAAAAAAAAUCGACAAUUGAGUAGCCACUUGUAGUAGUGAG